UAUAAAAGGAGGCUGAGUCCAGACUGAAGCUUCCCAAAGAGCACCAGAUCAGUCAGUGGAGUCCAGUCCGCCUCCUUUAGUCCUUCACCAUGCAGCCAACAAGACUCACAGCUCUGCAGUGACAAGUGUUUCCAAAAGUGAGCAGAUUCUUGUGCGUAAAGAGCGACAUCGAAGGACAAAACUCUGCGUAUUUUUUAUUUUUUCGCUUUUUUUUUCUUGGAGCCAAAAACAGGCGAAGUUGAGUUUUUUCUGGAGGAUUUUUUUUUCAAUUUUUAUUUAUUAUUUAUUAUUAAAAAGGGAAUAUUUUUGGUCCAAGCCUUUUUUUUUUUUCCACCGACCGACAUGGAGUACACGUCAUCCCCGAAACCGCAGCUCUCAUCCCGGGCAAAUGCUUUCUCCAUAGCCGCUCUGAUGUCCAGUGGGAAGCCCAGUAAGGACAAAGAGACGGAGGAGAACACCAUCAAGCCUCUCGAGCAGUUUGUGGAGAAGUCGUCCUGCAACCAGCAGUCUCUGGCUGACCUGUCCUCUCUGGACGCGCACGGGGACUUCAGCGGGAGCGCGCCCGCCGCGUGCACGGAGCCGCUCAUCCCAACAACUCCCAGCAUCCCUAGUGAGGAGAUGGCCAAGAUCUCCUGCAGCCUGGAGACCAAAGAGCUGUGGGACAAAUUCCAUGAUCUCGGCACCGAGAUGAUCAUCACCAAGUCUGGAAGGAGGAUGUUCCCCACCAUCCGGGUGUCUUUCUCCGGAGUGGAUCAGGACUCUAAGUACAUCGUGUUGAUGGACAUCGUCCCGGUGGACAACAAGCGGUACCGGUACGCCUACCACCGCUCCUCCUGGCUGGUGGCCGGCAAGGCAGACCCUCCUCUACCGGCCAGGUUGUACGUCCACCCGGACUCACCGUUCACCGGAGAGCAGCUCGUCAAGCAGAUGGUUUCCUUCGAGAAAGUCAAACUGACAAACAACGAACUGGAUCAACACGGACAUAUCAUCCUCAACUCCAUGCACAAGUACCAGCCGCGGUGCCACAUCAUCAAGAAGAAGGAACACACCGCCUCACUGCUUAACCUCAAGUCUGAGGAGUUCCGCACCUUCGUCUUCGUCGAGACCGUCUUCACCGCUGUCACGGCCUAUCAGAACCAGCUGAUCACCAAACUGAAGAUUGACAGCAACCCGUUUGCCAAAGGUUUCCGGGACUCGUCGCGGCUGACGGACAUGGAGAGGGAAAGUGUUGAGAAUCUGAUCCACAAGCACUCGUACGCCCGGUCGCCGAUCCGAACUUACGCUGGCGACGAGGAGAACAUGGGCGAGGACGGACACAACGUACACACCAGAGGCUCAGCGUUCAACGUCUCAGACAACCUCUCCCUGAGCUCCUGGGUCACCACCACUUCGGGAUUCUCGGGCUUCCAGCACCCACAGUCUCUGUCGGCGAUGGGCGCCGGCGCCGGCUCCCUGCCUCACCCCAUCCAGGGCUCCCUGCCCCCCUACAGCCGGCUGGGCAUGCCGCUGACGCCCACCGCUCUGGCUGGAACCAUGCAGGGCAGCGGGCCGUCCUUCCCUUCCUUCCACAUGCCCCGCUACCACCACUACUUCCAGCAGGGCCCCUAUGCCGCCAUCCAGGGACUACGCCACUCCUCCUCGGUCAUGACGCCCUUUGUAUGACUCCGUCCUGGGGAGGAGACGGCCGAUCUUCGCUCCGAUCCCCGAUCCAGUGCAACCAGUUACUUCUCCGCUCCACCUCAUCACUCCUCAUCCUGUUUGUAUCUUUCCCCCUGGUCUUUGUAAAUAGUUCACCUACAGAGAGUGAGGUGAAGAGGAUGUGACGUACCGAUCUAGAAAAAUCAAGAAAAAAAGGACUGUGGCUCCUCCACAGGACCUGCGGACACAACAGCAGGUUUCUACGAACACUUUAAUGACAUCAUACAAACACUUACAACCUCAAAACGAACUAUAAAACCUAAUGUGAGAUGAUACAAGGAGCAUGUUUGGUCUUGGCCCUUGAAGAACGGAAAGUGGAUCCUCAAACUCAUUUUAACAAUAUUUAGAAGACCCUCUAAAGGUGUAAGAGUCUCCACCGAGGCUUAAAGAUGGCAGGUUGCUGUGUGAUCCUUCAACAUGGGGAUUUUUGGAGAGACUCAUCUGAUGCUACAGUACAGUAUGUUGGACACCGAGGCUCAGUCUGAGUCUGUGAACAUUUCAGCAUAUCAGAAUCUCAGCUUUCCUCAGUUUUCUAGUAAGCCAGCCAUAUGUACAGUUCAAACUUCACGCUCUGUUGAAAAACAUGUUAAGAUGCAUUGUACAAAGAUGAAAAUGCAACAUUUACUCAUAGGAAAAUUCUCACUGUAGAGUGCAAAAAAAAAAAUAAUCAUAGGACGCAUGCUGACCGCAGUAGACAAACACGCUGGGUAAACUUUAUAUGGAAUAAUAUGGGAUGGGGGGGUGAAGGCUCCUUGCAUACUUUAAAGGCCCGGUCACACCAGCAUUUAAAAACGGCAAACUUUGGCAGCGAAAUCAAUUCAUUUCAAUAGAAUCUGUGGAUAAAUCUGCACAAAUAUUUCACCUGGCGUGACACUUUGGUGAACUUCCCCACUAUUGACCGUCUAGACAGUGCUGAUCAUAGACUAGUAUAUAGGAUAUAUAUGGACGACGCGUCUCCACUUCCUCCCACUAUACAAAAGUGAAGCCAAAAUAUCC